CGACGCCGUGGUCGACUUAUAUCCCAGCCAUGCACCCCGCCCUGAAUAUUGCCGAACUAUGCUUUAUGAUAGCGCGAACAGAUGUACUGCAUCGGGCUGACCUUUACUGCCUCGCCCUUGUCUGCCGUCACUGGCGCGAUGUAGCCGAAGCGAUACUGUGGGAGGUCCUGCCAGAUUUAGAUCACCUUCUUAUGCUUAUGCCGCCGGAUGUGUGGUCUACCACCCCUAAGCGGGACUGGCAUACGCCACGAGCCCUCGUACCCAAACGCGAUCUUUUACCAGGGGACUGGGCCCUCGUGCUUCCCAAAUCGAAACUCGUCAGACGUCUCACAAUCGCGUCCGCCUAUACGCGCUCUGUCCAAGAGGCGAUAGAGGCAUGCCCACCUCCUCAUGGGUUCCUGUCAAACCUGCGCGCUCUCCUGCUUGGCGAAUCCUUCCCCUGCGGUGGUACACCCCUGGACUUGGGCUUUCUUAAAUCUAUCGCGCCUCUGCGCGCUAUCACUCGCCUUAGCGUCAAAGACUCCGUGCUACUUGACAUCAACAUUCUGGCUGCGACAGAACUCUGUCAAAACCUCGAUACAGUCACCGCCUUUCUCAGCCUCGGCUUCCGUAGGACACGCGAACUCGACGACAUGGUCGUGAGCAGUCUGGAGACACUCGCCCCCCGGAUCUCGUCACUCCACCUUCACUUCUUGCUCUCCUUCAAGAGCUUCGACGUGGACGAUGCCUAUCUAUCUCGCAUCUCAGUCCUGCCCUCCUUGGCGCGACUGAGUCUACACCAUAUGCGCAGCACGCUGCCCGAGCCCAUCGCCUAUCCGCCCACGAGCUUCGCGCAUCUACGCGAUCUUAGCACGAACGGGACUCCCGUGGCGACCCUUGUCGAUAUCAUCCGCCUUGCUGGCGUUCGUCUCGAGCGCAUAUACUCGACUUUCAGAAGCCUCGACGUCGCCCAGCUGGAGUUACUCGUCAAAACUAUACGCGAUCGCUGCUCGCCGGAGGUCUCGCUUACGCUGUUCAUCACUUCCGGACCUCUCGACGGCGACGAUUAUCUAGAGUACUUUCGACCCCUCGCGCAUUUCGAGCAUGUCGACGUCUUUCUUCGCGACACUUGGCAUUGGCAUAUCACCAACGCCUUGCGCCUUUCUGGCGCUGAGAGCACUAGCUCCAUCUGAGCGAAAGCACUAUAUCUGAUCCAGCUCUUGCUACAGUGUUGUAGGUGGGUCCGCAUGGGAGAAGGAGGAGUAUUGCGGCAUCCGAUGUCGGGAGAUGCGACAUACUUACAAGCGCUGAACCAGGUUUCUUUUGUCGAGCGAUGCCUUCACGAGCGAUCCUAUACCUUCAGUACUUGCGCUCAGUCAGUCUCGCCAAGUGAAC